AUGCAGGGACAGCCCAAUGGUCACCCGUAUGCAGAAAAUGUAGUUCCUACAACUGAGCAACCAACACAUAGCUUCUCCUCGGAUCUCGUAUUCUUGCCGCCUAGUGAUGCGAGUCAAUACAUCAAGACAGAGCUUCCUCCUCUCCAGAGCGCAAACUCUGAAGCACCUUCCUCAUUCGUAUCAGCGACGCUCAAAAGAAAGCGUUCGGUCAUGUCAAAGCUAUUUAGACACAAUCAUGGUCUAGUAUAUCGACUAGGGAAAGAAAAGAAUGUGUUUCUACAAAGGUUCAGUUCUGAAGAAGAUGAAGGCCUCUGUACAGUGAACAUGGACAACGAGAACAGACGGAUCGCGGUUCGAGAAAUUUAUACUAUAGCCAAUGGAUAUAACAUCUACUCUUUGCACUACCCUCCUCAAUGGCCAGCAAAAAGUUGGAAUUUAAACAGACAGCAUGUGUCUGGAGAUGUAUCUCAAUCACCCUUUAUAGCAUCCAUCGUACACAGCUGGAAAUACGAUCAAGCAAAGCAAGUGUAUGCUUCAAAGGCAGUAGAUGAAUUGAAGGAGAUUGUGAAUGAAUAUCAUGUCUGGCUACAGAAAACCACAGCUACGUUGGUGGAUGUUACCUUGGUGGCGCCAAGAUUGUGUCUUGAAUGGCCAAAGAACUGGGCUUUCUCAACUGUUUGA